CGCUGUCAGUCAUUUGUUUGUGUUUCACGAGUUCUAUGGAGAAGUCCACAAAAUUGUUGAAAUAAAGUGAUUCCUGGGGUUGUGAAAAAUGCCUUCACGAAGUGAUGACAUCCUCAAAGGCUUCCAAGUUAAUUGGAUGAAUUUGCGAGAUGCUGACAAUGGUAAAAUUCUCUGGCAAGGAAAUGAAGAUCUAUCAAUUCCAGAUGUCGAGCAUGAAGCUAGAGUACCAAAGAAAAUUCUCCGAUGUCGUGAGGUGUCACGAGAAAUAAACUUUACUUCUGCGGAGCCCCUGGAGACAUUCAGAAUAGAGCAAAAAGUCUUAUUCAAGGGACGAUGCCUGGAGGAAUGGUUCUUCGAAUUUGGCUUCGUCAUCCCCAAUAGCACAAACACAUGGCAAAGUCUCAUCCAAGCAGCACCAGAGAGUCAAAUGAUGCCUGCAAAUGUCUUAAAUGGAAAUGUCGUCAUCGAGACGAAAUUCUUCGACGAUGAUCUCUUGGUGUCAACGAGUCGAGUUAGAUUAUUCUACGUUUAAUUUUCCAGAUUUAAUGUAUUUUUAACGAGAACCCUAGUCUCAGCACUGUUUCAAGAAUAUUUCACAAAUAAAUCAUUCCACGACAA